UGUGGCUGUCAACAGUAAGUUACCUCUACUAGAACAACAACAACAACAACAAAUCUGACAGUAAACAGGCAGGAAAAUGAGUUUGUAGUUACUGUAUAGUGUAGAAAUCAUUUGAGAGUAUCAUGUGGGAGUGCAGUGGCCUGGCUGCAUGUCAGCAGCUUUGAAGAGUCUCUUCUCUGAAGCUCGUCCUCUGACCCUCCUGGACUGACUGAAGUUGAAGCAGCUCUGGAAUAUGUCUGAAACUCUUCACAAACUGGACAGCUUUGUUUUACAGUCAAGACACACCUCUUCCAAAAAACAGCAGGUGAAUUUCUAACCAGGAAAGUGAAAGAAAACUUAAGUGAGAAUGAACGUCACAGUCACACCACCAACCACAAACGUAACUCCAGUGUGUGUUAAAAUUGGUGACAGCGCCAUCAGCGACUUCCUGAUGUCUGUGUACAUCCUGGCUUUUAUCUUUGGUUUGAUCUUCAACGUGCUAACCCUGUGCCCCAUUUUACAACAAGUGCGGCGGCAAAAUGUUCUGGGCAUCUUCCUGCUCAACCUGUCCCUCUCUGACAUGCUUUUCAUCUUCACUAUGCCCCUUUGGAUCAACUAUUACCGGCAGGACCACCACUGGAAGCUUGGCGUUAUGUCCUGCAAUGUAGCCGGCUUCUUCUACUACUCCAACAUGUACAACAGCAUCUACCUGCUCUGCUGUAUCUCAGUGGACCGCUGCCUGGUGGUCACCUACCCGCUUCGCUCCAAGACCCACCGUACAUCCUGCUACGCCUGGGCACAGUGUGCCACUGUUUAUGUUGUCGUGAUGGCGCUGCACAUCAUGGUACUGGUCAAUGACAAUCUCACUGAUGCUCACGAUGAGGUGAACAACAAUGACCGCUGUUAUGAGACGUACCCCAUGCCGAAACCUGUCGCCCUGUUCAACCUGCUCAGAGUGGGCAUUGGCUUCCUGUUCCCCCUGCUGGUAUUGGCGGUAUGCUAUUGGAAGGUGCUGGCCACAGUGGGACAGAGUCCUGGCCUGAGCACCCAGGCUAAGAGGAAGGUCCGCCUGCUGUCCUUUGGGGUGAUUGGGAUCUUCUCAAUUUGCUUUGCUCCAUAUCACAUUCUCCUGCUCAUACGCUCACUUGUCUUCUACAACAGUGAUAACGUGCACCAACAAGGAAGUUACUGCCAGUUUGAACAAAAAAUGCACUUUUUUUUCUCAUGUACGCUGGCACUGUCCAGUCUGAACUGCGUGGUGGACCCUGUGCUCUAUGUGCUGGUCAGUAACGGAGUCCAGGAGGAGGUGAAACUGUGCUUUAGGAGGCAUAGAGCGACACAGACAGGGGACUGUGCUCUCACUGCAUACAACAGAGGAAAGACUAAUACUAACUUAAUAUAAAAAGUAAGCUAUAUGUGGGUGUAUACAUACGCCUGUGCAUUUGUAUGCAUACUGAAUAUGGGCAUACGCGAUUAUGCAUGGCUGUUUAAACUCAUUUUUUCAGAGUUAGCGAAAUUUACAUUCCAUAAUCAACCUUUCUGAACAAUCAGACGUCUGUUGAGAGAACCACAUUGCCGCCUGUGGUUUUUUUUUCACCCUCAUUUCCUGCAGAGUUAAGAGGAGGGGGUUGAGCAACAUGCAUCUCAGAGCUCUGUAAUUGGAUUGUAUUCCCAGGUUCUGCUCUCCCAAGAGUUCUUCAGUGGCAGCUACUUCUGGUUUGUGGCUGGACACUGCUGGAGUUGAAGAGCCCUUGUGUUUUCCUUCCAAUCUAUACAAGGAUGUUGUGAUUGUAAUUGUGUGACCAUGGUAUAGCUUAAAGUGUAUAACUCUCAAGCAUGCCAAAAAAGAAAAAAAAUCAUUUAUUAGCAUGACUGUAUGCCUUGUUGAAUGUAAAUCCAAAUAAACCAGUGGUUUGAACAGGU